AUGGACGCUUACCCCCCCGACUACGUCGACCACAACCUCCCCUUAAUUCUCCUCUCCGGCCUUGGAUCUGAUCCGAAUCCGGAGUCCGACCCCCAGGGUAGUAGUUCUCCACAUGCUGGUGCUGAGUACCCUCUUCUACGAGAUGAUGGCAUUGAGAUAUUCUCUGAUUUCCCGCUGUUGACCGAUUCGACGGCGGAGAGGGUGCUGAAUGCUCUCCUGAGUCAGGAUGCUGCGGGAAGGCCGUGGAAUUCUAAGAGUGAGGGAUUAGGGGCUGGGGCCGUUGGAUUUAGGAUAAAGAGGGUUGGGCGGAAAUACACUUUACCCCCCCACAAAUGUCAAACCCUUCCCAGAUUCCCUUCACCUGACAAUGCUUCCGGUAGACAUGGCAAUAGUACAACUUCUUUGCCCGUCGUCCACUCACCGAUAUCUCCCCUGACACCGAGCUCCCCAACAUAUCCAGACGGCAUCAUGACACCGCAAUGGGUGACGAAGCACCAGAAACUAGUUCCUGCAGCCUUUAUUAACUUCUUCCCAUUCGCAUCUGAUACAAACAUGGCCUCCCUUCGAGAUAACCAACUGAAGAUAGAAAUUAACAGUUUAAGGAAAGAAUGGGCCGCAUCUGGAUAUAAGACACGGUUCGUUGUUGCGUUGUUGUGCGAGGAUGGACCCUUGGCCGAAGAUGCGAAUGACCGGAUAGCCACCAUCAGACGGGCAACAAACCUUGAUCCGAAGAGUAUUUUUGUUCUCCGUCCUGAGCCGUCGCAGCUUGAUAUCAGUGAAUUUACCAACUCCCUUCUUGCCAGCUUACAAGCUCCAAGCAUUGAGUACUACAGAGAUCUCUCAAAGCAUGCUAGGCGGAAAAGGAAUCGAACAACCAUUCCUCCCCCAACUGCACCACCUACCAGUGGGACUUCGAAAACCUUACCAGUCCAGGGCUGGAACAUUCGGUAUGACUUUAAACUUGGCGUUUUUGCUGAAUUCCGUCAAGAGAUGGAUGCUGCGUGUCGAAGUUACGAGACUGCAUAUGAAGGCCUGUUUGGUGCAGAAGUAUUUGAAAUGAUUGCUGGGUGGAGCUCCAGAUUUAAUGAUGCUCGAAUGCUUGCGGAUAUACUUGCGAUUCGCAUCAUCCGAUGUUUAUUAUGGACCGAGCAGACGGCAGGUGCAGUCCGUUCAUGGAUAACACACAAAAAUCGCAUCAAGGGUAUCGUGGACCGUCGAGGCAGAGGCACAAAUAAUUACGGGUGGGAGGCAUGGGAAGCUAGAUGGGCUUUGCUGAUGGCUCAGAUAAUGCACCAGGCGGAAAUAUCAUCGUUGAUUGUGCCCGAUCUUCUGGGAUCCGUACCUGAUCUCCACAAAACCAUAUAUGCGAUGCCUGAGAGAACAAUCCCCAUUAACGAGCGGCUACGUCCGUGGGAAUACCUUCAUCAUGAGGGCUAUUGGUUGCACUGUGCUGCUAAACACACCGCUCGCAGGAGGGAGCUUGCAGAGGGGAUUCCGGGCGAGGACCGCGUAGCCCCCGAUCAACCCGCCAGCUCGCAAUCGCGGAGCAGAUCUAUUGUGUACGACACAUAUAUUGUUCCCGAACCUUAUGACGAAUUCCCACUCUCUGACAGGCCAGGGCUUGCUCAUUCUAAGUUGAUUCUUGAUUUUCUCGAAACGGCGAUUGAGGACUUUUCCAAGAGACAGCAAGGUCGCAUGGUAGAACAACUGAAAUUGAAGAUGGCUAAGGAGCAUAUGAGAAUAGGAGAGUGGAAUGAGGCGUUGGCUAUCAUACGGCCUUUAUGGCCCCAUCUGACAUGGCGACGGGAUGGCUGGUGGGAGCUCAUGGAGGAUUUUGCCUGGACGUUGAGGGAAUGUGCUUUCCAUGCCGGAGAUGGAGAGACUGUUUUGCGUGUGGAUUGGGAACUGUUGAACCUAACUUUUAAUGACCGGCAAGGCUGGUGUUAUGAUAUCCAUAAAAGCAUCGAAAAGCUUCCGGUUGUGAAACCGAAGCCAACUGUGGUACUUAGAGGAGAAGAUACCGUUUCCUGCAUUACGGCAUCUUUUUCAUUCGAGAAAUCACAGGGCAAUGUCGGAGAACACUUAAAAUCCCAGCUUAUUAUCAGAUCAUGUGCUCAUGCUGGAUCCGCACCGAUCCGUCUCACUGAAGUAAAAAUCGGUUUUGAAGGAAGUCUUCGGCCUAUCAAACUUCUUCCAAGUGGCGAUGCAACUUCCAGCUCUUCUUUUCCCAGUGAGAUUUUAUCUGUUCCGUUACAAGAUUCUUUAAAUGCGGAUGCUUCCACCGUGCAGUCCCCCACCGGUGGUUCACCUUUGAUGGUUGGGUUUACCAACCUGUCAUUUAGUCCGGGGCAGAUACGAGCUUUCAACCUUGUGUCAGUGCCACGGGAAGCAGGUGACGCACGUGUGGCAUCAAUUACACUGCGGAUCGAGGAAGAGAGUUUCGAUCUCGCGUAUGUCAUUGUUGAUCAGAGCUGGAACGGGUCGGUCUGGUGGAGGGAAGGAAAGCAAGGGCCCAUUUCACGGAGGAUAGGGAUGGGCAGGGAUAUUUCGAUGGCAAGGAUUUUACCGAAGCCUCCGAAAGUCCGCAUUACGACUCCCAAGUUGCGAAAUCAUUACUAUACAGAUGAGAAGGUUGUGCUUGAUGUUCAGAUUGAUAACGAGGAAGACGAUGUUGCUGAGAUUGACGUUGAGAUAAAGAUGUUUAAAGUGUCCGGAACAUCAGCGAAGUUUUCAUGGAUUAAAGAGGCAGAUGCCAACUCCGCAACUGAGGAUGCAAGUGCUAGUAGCCCAAUUACACUACUUGAAGGUGUUUCUUCAACCCUGUCAAAACGCUGCAGGAUUGGGACUCUAGCGCGUGGUGCCAGUCAUACCGCUUUAGCCCUCUUCACAAACACGAGCGAACCGCUUGACUAUGAGAUUGAAAUAUCCGCCUAUUAUCAUCUCGUCUCCGAUGUUGAAACACAAAUAUUCAAAACCGUUUCCCUCGACCUCUCUUUCAUAAGACCGUUUGAAGCAAAUUAUGAAUUCUUGCCUCGAAUCCAUCCCGCCCCCUGGCCGGAUUUUUUCCACUAUGACGAUUCACCAUCCGAAGAUGACGCAAAAGAACCAAAACAUGAUGGCCUCCAACAGCUAUGGUGUCUAAACUCGAAAAUGGUGUCUUUUGCACUGGAACCACUUAUCAUUGAAGAAGUCAGCGUCGCGCUGCUGAGUGUUACCGCAGGCAACGUUUGUAAAAUCGGCAAGGAAAUGCUUAAAAGCCCCGAGACACCAGAAUUUAGACCCGAAGAACUUCGCGAAUCCGAAUUUACCGUUGAAAUCCAACGUCUCGCCCUUGACGAUCGGAGUGCAACAACCGUGAAUCUCGCACUCUACAUACGAUGGCGCAGACCCGACUCCGACUCCGACUCCAACACCACAUCUUCAACAACCUCGACCCUUGCCAUCUCCCGUUUCCUCGUCCCGCUCGGCGAACCCCGCGUCCUCGCCAGCGCCACACCCUCCCCACAACUCCCAGGCUUCCUGCACCUCGACUACACGCUCGAAAACCCGUCCCUGCACUUCCUCACCUUCAAUCUGACGAUGGAAGCUAGCGACCAGUUCGCAUUCCACGGCCCCAAGAGCACGGCGCUGCAACUUGUGCCGCUCAGCAGGCAUACGGUGCGGUAUAAUUUGCUGGCGUAUGUGAGGGGGGCGUGGAUACAGCCGCAGCUGUCGGUGGUGGAUUCGUAUUUCAAUAAGACGUUGAAGGUGUUGCCGACGGAGGGUAUGAGGGCCGAUAAGAAGGGGAUUUUUGUGUGGGUUGAUGCGGAGGGGUAA